AUGCCGUCUUCUUGCAAUGAUAUCCGAGCUGCACUCGCUGCAUGUCUUCAGUCAUCCGAUUGUGUCAUGAUACAACGAAACAAGCCUGCAGAUUGCCUUCGUUCGCCGUUACUUGAAACAAUGCCAACCAAAUGCCAACAGCUUAAGAAGGGGUAUGGUCAAUGUAAACGGGGUAUGGUAGAUAUGCGGAAGAGGUUCAGGGGUAACCAACCGAUAGCGAUUGGGAAGGAAAAUGGAGUAGAGACACCGAGCGAACAGCUGUAUGCGGGAAAGCCAGCGUUUUCGGGUGCUGUUAAAGUGACUGAUGGCCAGGAGCCUGCAGAAAAGGAUUGGAGAGAGAUUGAAAACGAAAAGUAUCGUGAAGAAAACCAGAUAUAG